GACGAGGCGCUGCUCGCAAUGGGCCAGCCCAGCGCUUAUCGCCGCCUUUGCGAAAGUGAUAGCGGCAUGGCGUGCAUCCGUUCCCCGCCCUCGGCUCGGCUCGGGGUCGAAGGUGUCGCAGUGACGCUCGUCGUUUCUCCGCCUCGAGAAAUACCAAAUUGAUAACGGAAACGGAAGUUGUAAUUGCGGCCCUAAUUAGCGCGAUAAGCUUAGAGGGCCUAGGCAGCCUAGGGUGCCCAGAGGGCUGAGAGGGGCGUAGACGGCCCCAGGACGGCCCGCGGGACGGGCGGCCGCAGCCGGUGGGGACCAACUCUCUUCCCCACAUGAGGCGAAGGCGGCCAAAACCUCGGCAGAUUCGCGGACCGCAGCGCGGAAAGACUCUGGCCCGGUUAGCGCGGUCCGUGGCGCCCAGCGACACCACCAACGCGGCGGCCGCGGCCACGGGGGAGAUGGACGACCAGAAGGUGUGCCACAGCACGACGCCCUGCGGCUGGGCCGUGUACGUGCCCUUCACCAGGAGGGUGGACUACUUCAUGAAAAACACGUGCGAGUGCCCGAAGGACAGGGAGUGCCUGCGCACCGACGACGACCUGUCCGUGUCGGCCUACGUCUACAGGUGUAGGACGGCCGAGCGGCCGCAGGACUUGCAGGAAGACUCGUAGUUCCGACGCCGUCCUCUAGCGGUAUGGCGAUGCGGCGGUGCAGCAGGUACUUCGGGCUGGAGCUGGAGUAGUGUUUCCACUCCACCACGGCCGAGAUCCUCCGGGCUGCGGCUGCUGCGGCGGCGAGCUGGCCGUCAUGGAAUCAUGGAGCAGCGGCCGCGCUGGACCAGAGGCCUGGACUAGUUGGGCAUUGGACGGGGUGGUGUGGUGAACGGGGGAAGCCGAGCCGGACUCGGAGGGAGGGGAAGGGGGGCCUAUUUAUGUAUGCCAAAUGUAGUCAAUGUAUUUAUAUCGUAUUUAUCACAGAGUAUACCGAGGUAUGCGUGUGUCUUGUAUGAGUGUGAGCGGUAGAGAUCAGAGUAAUAGAGAGAAUGUUGAUCAUUAAUAAUAAAUAUUUGUAUUUUUAUGCCAAAAAUUGACGCAAAUGUUUCGCCAUUGACGCCAAGGCUUAAAACAGUAUUCUACUUCUGAUUCGUACUUAAAGCAGUAGCUUCUUGGAUUACCAACAGUUAAUAGUUAGUUGUAGGAUUUAGUGCUCAAUAUUUAUGUACAACCAAAUAUGAUAGAGUUAAGGAAAAUGGACUGAAGUAGUGUACUGUAAGUUGUAAGGUCCUCAAACAGUACAAUUGGUGUUAGCACAUACGACAAUCACAGGGCAUGGUCCCAAAAUAGUACAACAAUGCUAAUUGUCUUGUUAAAAAUGAGAUUUUGUUUUCAAAAAUUUCAAUAUUUUGUCCAUUAGCUUGUUUAACAUGUUGUCUCUGAACACCUAUGAAUCCGUGUCUGUUCAACGCCCAGUGGCUGGAAAAAAAUGAACCUUUUCUUUAAGUUAUGGGUAUUUUGGAAUUCGAAACAGCAGUAUUGGAUUGACUGUUUGCUGAAGUUCCUCAUUAUACCAAUUGUUGUUUUGCACAUUGUUCCUCAUUAUGCCUUAGAAUCUCUGAACUAAGUUCCAUUGUUGUGUAUGAUAGCUAUGCAGGUCAAGCUGUUAUUUUUGUAAGAGUUGCAACAAUUUGCAUAAUGCCUACCUCCUUAGUCCGUGUUUGCUCAAUCUUUGCUGCUUUGAAACUUAAGCAUUGAAAAGUGCAGUGAAGCUAAUGUUUCAAAUUCUUUUUAUUGAUAUUGUAAUUGCAGCUUUUAAGAUUGGAAGGCAACCAUUGCUUUAACGUGUACCUGUUUUGUGUGUGCUUUUUGGCCAAGUGUUUCAGGAGAUUUGUUUACAUUUAAAAUUACAUUUCUAUAAACAGCUAAACCAUGUCAUAACAUUAAAAAUUCCAUAUAUCAGUGCUCAGUAUUUUUAUAUUCUUUACUACUUCAUUAUAAUCAUGUCAGUGAAAAAAUAAAAUCUAUCCUCUCUCUGA